AGAAGAGAGAGAAAACCAAAAAAAAAAUAUUUAUAUAUAUAUAAAAAAACGAAGCAAAUUCAAUGUAAUAUGGAAGAUUAUAGAAAAAAAACAGAGGUUUUACGUGAAAAAUACAAGGAAUAUCUGAAACCAAUAGAUCCGUUGCGACCGCUUGGUCGUGAGCCCUCCGAGCUGAUGCCGCCGCCUGGUAAAAAGGUGCAAACUUGCUUUAAUCUAAAGGAAAAGUUUCCCAGGGGCGAAGAGCUGAUCAGAACGUUGGGCAAACGGACCAUGCUUGAUAGGCUUGAGGAAUAUAAUCAAUUUAAGGUGCCGCUUCAAUGCCCUUGCCAAGCGAUUACCCAAGGCGGCGAUCCAGCCAGAAAGAAGAAGCGCCCAAUUGGCCCAACCAAGGCUAAGAAACCGAAAAAGGAGCCACAGCAUAUCGUAUGCUCCGUUAACAAUCUGCCUCCCGCCUUUAGCGAUCCACAACCAAUAUCCCAGCCAACUCCCAUUGACACAAUAGCUAACCGGUAUACAAACGCCAGCCUGCCGACUGCAGCGCCCGUUAGGAACCUCAAAAGUGACAAGGAUAUAAGCCAGCAGGCCAUCAGCAGCCAGCGCAAGUACAUACGUGCCAAGGCUGCCGAGAUUCAAAAGAAGUCCGUGGCCCUGCAGCAAAAGAUGGCCAAGCCGAAGGCUAGCCCAACGCCAAAGAAGGCGCUGCAAAAGAAGCCAACUGUGGACGACAGCUUGGUUGGUGGAGUGAAAUUGAAGCGAACUGCUCCAAAGAAGCUGCCCUUGCCGAAGAGGCCAGCUGCAGCAAAGAAGGCAUCUGCCUUGAAGAAGCAGCCGAAAAAAACUGCAGCAUUGCCUGCAAGCGCAUCCCUGCCGGUUACGCCAAGGAAAACGGCUGGCGGCAAAUCGAACCAGCCAACUACGCCGGCAAAACAAUUCAUUCCACAACAGCUGCAGCAGCCAACGACGCCGACAACGGCAAGAAAUCCGUGCGGACUGAAUGCGCGGCCAACAACUCCGGGGCAAGCAUUUGUGCCGCAACAGAUGCAACAGAUGCCACAGCCAACAACACCGACCACGGCUAGGAGUACGUGUGCUGCCAAUUCGAUGCCAAAUACUCCGGGAAAACCAUCUGUUCCACAACAGAUGCAUCAGUCCACAUUUGCGACCAUGCGUAGGAACUCUUGCGGUCCCAACUCGAUGCCAACCACGCCUGCCCAGCCCUGUAUACCGCAGCUGAAGCAGCAACCAGCAACGCCAACAGAUGGAAUAACAACCAAGCGAACCAACAAUCCAACAAGACCGAUGAUGCCAGCGACUGCAGCCAUGGAAGGGCCAUUUGUUGGUCAACAAUUUGUGCCGCAACAGACGCAGCAACAAACGAUUCCGACAAUGGCAAGGAACGCUUGCGGUACCAAUGCCAUGCCAGCAUUUGCUGGUCAACCAUUUGUGCCACAACAGAAGCCGCAAACCGAGACGCCAAUCGACGGAAGCCUGUGUGGCAUAACAUCCAAGCGUACCAACCCAACGAGGCCGGUGGUGCCAGUGCAGAGGCUGCCACAGUCUACUAAUGUCAUGGGAGGGAGCUCAAGUGUACUUGGUUCGAUGACGCCAACCACGGCCGGGCAACAAUUGAUGCCACAACAGAAACAGCAAUUCGAGACGCCAAUGGAUGCAAGUUUGUGUGGCAUAACAUCCAAGCGUACCAACCCAACGAGGCCGGUGGUGCCAGCACAGAAACAAACACAAGUUACUCCGGCCAUGGGGGGGAGCUUGAGUGGACGCAAUUCGAGGCCAACGAUUCCUGGGAAACCAUUUGUGCCACAACAGAAACAGCAAUUCGAGACGCCAAUAGAUGCAAGUUUGUGUGGCAUAACAUCCAAGCGAACCAAGCCAACGAGGCCGGUGGUGCCAGCACAGAAACAAAUUCAAGCAACUCCGGCCAUGGGAGUGAGCUCAAGUGGACGCAAUUCGAAGCCAACGUCUGGGCAACAAUAUGUUCCACAACAGCUGCAGCAGGCGAACCUAAGAGGGAGCUCGAUUUCGAUGACAGCCACGGCUGGUAAACAAUUCGUUCCACAACAGAAGCCAACACAGCUGACAACGCCAUCAGAUGGAAGCUUGUCUGAACCAAUAUCUAAGCGAGCUGGUACAACAAGGAACGUGCUGGCACAAACAACUCUAGCCGUGGGCGAGAAAUCAAUGCCAACUAUUCCUGGACGGUUGUCAGUAGCAACAACUGCCACAAUGGGAGGGAAAUCAUUUGGUGUGGUCAAUUCCAUGCCAACUUUAUCUGGUCAGCAUUCUAAUUCACAGCAGUCGAUGCUUGCAGGAGCUCCGGCAGGCAGCGCAUGCGGUGUGGCAGUAAAGCCAAGGAAGCCAUUCGUGCCGCUGCAAAUGCAGCCCUCGACAAUUCCUGACAUGGGUGAUAGCUUAUUGGGUAUAACUUCUAAGCCAACUAAUCCACGGAGACCGAUUGUGCCGCCCAAGAAGCCGAUAGCAAACACUCUAAGCGGGAAUGAAAAUUUAUUGGGCAUCACAUCCAAGCCAACGAAUCCAAGGAGGCCGGUUGUGCCGCCCAAGAAACCGAUGCCCAACACGCUGAAACUAAAUGAAAAUAUAUUGGGCAUCACAUCGAAGCCAACGAAUCCAAGGAGGCCGGUUGUGCCGCCCAAGAAACCGAUACCAAACACACUUAACGUCAAUGAAAAUAUGUUAGGAAUAACAUCGAAGCCAACUAACCCACGGAGGCCGGUUGUGCCUCCGCUAAAGCAGUUGCCAAAAACCUCAACCAUGGGCGAUAGCUUAUUGGGAAUAAUAUCAAAGCCGACCAAUCCAAGGAGGCCGGUUGUACCACCACGAAAGCAGCAAUCAACCGAUCCAAGCAAUAGUGGAAUUAUUGAAAUGCCAACUACCACAAGGAGAACGAUUGCGUCCCAGCAGCUGCCAAAAGGUCCAACGGUGGGUGGCAAUAAAAAUGGACUCAAUUCGAUGCCCGCCUUGGACUGGUUUGAUUGAAGCGAUGGCAGCCCAAUUGCAUCAAGUUUGUAUAAUACUUGAGAUGCGUACAGGGAUUAUAUAUUAAAGUAAAGUUUAUAUAAAAGUCUCA